AUGGCUUCUCUCUGGCGACCAUUCCGGCUACUGCCUCAAUUGCAGUCAACAACGCUGUCACAACCUCUAGGACUACGCGCCUGCACACCCUUCCAGACGCGACUACUCCAUUCGUCCCCAAUCUUCCAUGUGCGCAAACCGUCGAAUGCCAUAGUCAAGCCCAUCGAUGCUUCCGCCCCAUCUCGCAAGAAGCAGCGCAAGGAUGCUCUCAAGAAACAGGAAGAGGCAACCGAGCGUCUAAUUUCGCAAAGGCUCGCUUCUGUCACUUCUGCAGCACCUGCAUACUCUCACGCCCCUCCUCCAACCACACACCACUCGGCAGCCCACACAAGUCCACAACGCCAAUUCACCGUCAAGCGGCCAGCUGAAGCAAUCUCGGCUUCUUCCUCUCCUUCAUCGCCCCUAGUUCCCACUCUCGACUACGUACCAGGAGGCCGUUCUGGUGUCACACAGGCCCUACAAGAGCUCGCGAGCGCCGAUUCCCCACUCCUCAUCUACGAGGCCACAAAAGCUCGUCAAUACGUUGCCUGGUGUCUAUUCGCCAGUCUACUGCUCGGUGGCUUGACUGCCGUACAAGUCGGCUUCUUCACUACCGAUCCUUCAAAAUCAAACUUUCUCAUCGCCACUACUUUCCUCCUCACUGGCUUGAUAUGGGCCACUCUUGCAUCGUGGACCGCCUAUGGAGCCAACGAUGUCAUCAAGCGUAUCUGGGCCAUCCCUUCUGCCACUGGAAAACCCCUCUUGCGCAUCGAGCCCGUCAAGCUUCUCUUCGGACAGCGACCUUUGCCUUUCGAUGUCCCUCUGGGUCGCGUCUUCACUGACAGGGGCUUUGAGCACAGUAUCGCCAGUUAUAACGCCACGAGGAAUGCGAGACAAAAGUCUGGCCUUCUCGAUGCUUUGUUCGGACCUGUCCGCACACUUCUAUCUGCCAACUCGAAGAUGUGUACGAGAAAAGCUUCAUUCGCUCAAUUGCGCGUGGCCGAGAUGGGAAACUGGAAGGUCGAUAUCCGCGACUGCAAUGUUGCUGACGGCGGAAAGAUCCUUGAUCUUCUGAUUAUCCCUGUCAAGAGAGAGAAGGGCUGGUUUGCUUCGCUGUUCAUCAGAGAGGACUAG